AUGCUUUCCUUCUUGACCACCUUCACCCUCGCAACGUCUCUUGUUUCUGGCUUGGCCAUUCCUCACCAGGACGGCACCCACGAAGACAUCGCCAAAAGGGGCCCUACACCCUUGAAGCUCGACUUUGACAUCGUCAAGGACACCAGCAAGAACUCCACCUUGUACCACCCUGAACGCUACUUCAACAGCGCCAAGUCCAAGUUUGGAAAGAGAGCCACCCCGGUCGCCAUCUCCAACGACAGAGACAUCUCGUACCUUUUGGACGUCUACUUGGGCUGGCAGCAGGACAAGGUGACGGUGCUUCUUGACACUGGAUCCUCGGAUCUCUGGGUUUUCGGUCCAGGCGUUUCCGAUGCUCAAGGUGGAACUUUCGACCCCAGCCAGUCCUCAGACGAUUCCUCAACUGGCGAGGAUUUCAGCAUCAGCUACUUGGACGGCUCUGGUGCCCUGGGCUCCUACCACAAAGACGAUUUCUCUUUUAGCCUGGGCCUGACGCUUGUGCUGAACUUCCAGUUUGCUGUGGUGGACAACGCCAAUGCAGACAGCACUGGAAUUUUGGGAAUUGCCGACAAGAACCAGGAGUCGGGCCUGUCGCAGUACGACAACUUGCCUUGGGCGUUGCUGAAGGCCGGUGUAACUCCUAAGGCUUCGUAUUCAUUGUUUUUGGGAUCUGAACAGGAUGGUAAGGGUACUGUCAUUUUUGGCGGUAUCGACACGGACAAGUACGAAGGCGAAUUGCAGAAGUACGCCGUUGCCGACAGCAGCUACUUGGGCUUGACGGCCGAGUCUGCCUCUGUGGGAGGAAAAACCGUUCAGUUGGGCCAGGAUUUCGUUUUGGAUUCCGGUACUUCCUGGAACUUGUGGCCUUCUGAGCUUCUUGAGAGUGUGGCCAGUGCCCUUGGUUCUUCCGGUUUGGACCAGGGUGUCUACAUCGUCGACUGUAACCAGCCUUCCGACAAGAGCAUCACUUUCAAUCUCGGCAAGAACUCCAUUUCCGUUCCAUACAGCGACCUUGUCAUCAACGUCGGUUCUGACAGCGAGCCUCAGUGUGCUAUUGGUUCCCAGGAGACCGCAGAAAGCCCUCAUAUCUUUGGAGACGUCUUCUUGAGAAGCGCCUACGUCUACUACGACCUCACCGACCAAACCAUCUCCAUUGCCCAGGCCAAGUACACCAGCUCGAGCAACAUCAUCUCGGCAUAG